AUGGCCCUUCCAAAGAAUAUGCGCAACGCUUUCACGCCUGCUGAGAUCGAAUUCCUGGCCGAAAGCGACACAAUAUCCAUAAUACCGAGGCAGAGGAUGGACCAGCUUCAGCUGAUAAAUGGAUCUUUUGGGCCUUUCAGACCACCGAUAAAGCAGGAUGUGCCGGUUUGGCUUGCAAUAACGCUGAAGCAGAAGCAUAAGUGUCAGAUACAACCGCCAAACUGGAUGGACGUAGAGUUUCUCCGGGAGAAAAUUGAGGAAGAAAACGCCAACGAGGAGUUCAGUGCGCUACCAUUUCGUUAUAUGGAGACAGCCCACUUAUUAUUAGCGUGUGCUAGCGACGAUGUACCGCAGGCAGACCUGGUACGGACACUGCUGAAAGACCUGCGGGAGGCACGGCAACGAAAGGCGCGGCAGGGUUUGCAAGCACUCGAUCCAUACUAUCUACAGAUGGACAACCUGGGAUUGAUGGAAAUCAACGAGAUUCGCCCGUUCUUCUCAAAGGCGUUCAAUGAACUGCGGCGUCUUGUGCCAUCAGACGCGUCCGACUCACAAGCUACGACAGCAGCUCUGAUUGGGUGA